AUGAAUGAAGAUAAGGACGACUCUGAUUCUUCUCCUUACACCUUGGAGAAGGAAAUUUCGAAUUUAUACAGAAAAGACAAUUAUAUGAAACAUUGCCACGUUAACGAUUUCAUCGAACCAAUAGAAUUAGAAGCUGAAGUUCAUAUUUUGAAAAGGGAAGAACACAAGACAUUUAAGUUAGGUGAUAUUUUAGAAUCAUUAGAAAAUGAAAAGCAAAAAAAAAAUGAACAAGAGUAUGACAAUGACGAUGACAUUAUUCUACCAAAAUACGUAGAACAUGAGAAAACUGAACAAGAAGAAGAGAUUGAAGAAAGAAUAAAUUGUGGGAUAUAUUUACACGAAGUAAAUAUAACAGACAAUUCAUAUUUAUGCCAUAAUGAUAUAAUUGAUGAUUGUUCUAAUCCGGUAUGUAUAAAAGGUGAUAUGUAUGUAAAUAAUACUAUCCAUUUUGAAGAUUCUUCAACCUAUAAUUCAUUAUAUAAAGUUCAUAAAGUAGAAUGGUUCAUAGGUUUAGAAAUCAAUGAGAGACGAAUAUAUGAAAUUAUUCCCUGUAACCAAGGCAUGUGUUUCCAAAUCCCAUUUGAGGCAUUAGGAAAAUACAUUUUUUGUAAGGCCUAUAGACGUGUUUAUGUAAAUUCAGAAUUUCAGAAAAAAGGUAGGAAUACCAUUAUCGAUCCCCAUACUUUAGAUACGAAACCUGUAAAAUUUAUUGUGGAACGUAAAUGUAUAGAAAAAUGUUCUAUUACAUCUAAAGGACCCGUUUUCAUAUCUAUAAACUCUGCUUUCCAAAUUUUGAAAUUUUUAUGUAAUAAUAAUUUUUCAACCCAAGUAAUUAUUGAAGAUCCGUUAGAGAAUAUUAACAAUUUAUCUACCUCAUCAUCACAAUCUGAUGAUGAUAUGACAAUUACAACUACGUCAGAUAUGAUGAAUCAGCAGAACCAGAGACAGCGCUUUAUUGCUACUUUAUCUGUAAAUUUUGAUGAGAUCAAAUUUUGUUUACAAAAUAAAACAAUGGAUAAUAUGGAGGAACAACAAAUAAAUAGGCAAGAAAAAGAAAAUCCUGCAUUUAAUUCUUUUCCUUUUUUUGAAUUCAAGAAUAAUCGUGACAAUUGUUCUUCCAAUUCGAAGGGAGAAACUUCGAAGAAAUCUAAUGAGAUUAUGAAUAAUGAGAAAAACUCAAAAGAGUUACAAAUAGAUGGGGGUAGGGCAUACAAAUGGGGACUUAGAAAGGAUGACCACAAAACUGAAUUAACAUUCAACUGGUAUGAAGUAGAAUUCAGAUUACACAAUAAAGACGACUGUGUUGUUAUAAGCAUUGCUAUGGAUUUACAAAAGUCUUUUAGAUUUGUUAAGUACAAAAUGAUAACUAUCAAAUCGGUUAUGAAAAGCAUCAACUCAAAUGAUUUAUGGUUGAUUUUAAUAGCUUUUAAAUCUGCGUUUCCGUAUAAAAAGCUUUUUCAAAAAAAAUCCAAAAUAAUAUAUACCAAUACGAAUAUUUCAUUUGUUCAAAAUGUCAUAAAUGAUUUCUUGAUUAAAUCCGCCGAAAAAAAUAUCAAUGAAACUAUGCCUCUUCAAAAAAUGAACACAAUUUUUAACCAGAUUCGGUAA